AGGCGACCAGGACAGGUGCAGCCUCGAACAGAUACGCGCAUCCGUUCACAUCCCUGGCCCUGGUGGAGGACCCCGAGGACCCAGCCUACCGGCGGUCGCACUCCGCCCACUCUGUGCGGCGGGGUCCCCGCAUCUCGCGAGGCGGGGCAGGGAGGCCGGAGCCUCGCUCCCCCGGCGGCGCGCCGCUCGUCGCGGGACAGCCGGGUGCACACGGCUUGGCCGGGAUCAAGCCCAUCCAUCGCGCGCGCGGCCGCGACCACAACUACUUCCGGGGCUGAAAACAGACUAAAUCAUUUUUCAGAGUUAAAAGACGGUCAAGACAAGAUGGGGACUCCUGGUUCUGGAAGAAAACGGACACCUGUGAAAGACCGAUUUUCUGCAGAAGAUGAAGCUCUGAGUAACAUUGCCAGAGAGGCAGAGGCAAGGCUGGCAGCAAAACGGGCUGCCCGGGCAGAAGCAAGAGAUAUACGCAUGAGAGAACUGGAACGACAGCAAAAAGAGCAUUCUCAUCAUUCCUUUGAUCGGAAGUGGGGACAGAUUCACAAGUGGCUGGAAGAUUCAGAAAGGGCCAGGUAUUCCCACCGGUCCAGUCAUCACCGUCCUUCUCUGGGAGUUGAGGAUGCAUUGUCCAUUCGAAGUCUUGGCAGUCACAGGAGCCCAUCGAAGGACAUAACUGGGACCCAUUGGAACAGAGCCAGUAUACCCAAAAGGAAAGACAUCAUGUAUGAUCCUCUCAAGGACAGAUCGUCCAGACUUUCAUCAUUAAACCAUUCUUACAGUCACUCUUAUGGAAUGAAGAAGAGAUCUUCUGGUUCCCAUAAAGACCCACUGAGCGGCCUCUACUUUGACCAGAGAAACUAUAGCAGUCUUAGACAUAGCAAACCCAGCUCUGCCUACUACACGCGGCAGUCUUCUUCCCUGUACAGUGACCCUCUGGCGACGUCUAAGAGUACCAGGGCCUCCCCUAUUGCAAAUUCUGGUCUGCUGAAAAGUGCCAGUCUGGUGUCAUUGUAUGAUGGUGGACUAUAUAACCCUUAUGGUUCUCGAACUCCAUCUGAAUACAGUUAUUACUCAUCAAGAACAAGUUCAGCCCGAAGCAGUCCUGUGUUUAUCGACGACACUGCAAGCAUUGCGUCUUCUGGUUGUUCCAGUCGCGGGCGAAGGGAGAGUGCGGUUUCUGCUGCUGAUUAUUUCAGUCGCUCCAAUCGCAGGGGGAGCUUUGUCUCUGAGGUGGAUGAUGCCAGUGUCCUGGACUUGAGCAGCUUGGAUGAGAAAUCUGACAAACAGUAUGCUGAAAAUUAUACAAGACCUUCAUCUCGAAAUUCUGCCUCAGCAACAACCCCUCUAAGUGGAAACUCAUCCAGACGAGGAAGCGGGGACACCAGCAGCUUAAUAGAUCCAGACACCUCAUUAAGUGAAUUGCGGGAUAUCUAUGACCUUAAGGACCAGAUACAGGAUGUAGAAGGGAGAUACAUGCAGGGGCUUAAAGAACUAAAGGAGUCUUUGUCUGAAGUGGAAGAAAAAUACAAGAAAGCCAUGGUUUCUAAUGCACAGUUAGACAAUGAGAAGAAUAAUUUGAUCUACCAGGUAGAUACCCUCAAGGAUGUUAUUGAAGAACAAGAGGAACAGAUGGCAGAAUUUUAUAGAGAAAAUGAAGAAAAAUCAAAGGAGUUAGAAAGGCAGAAACAUAUGUGUAGUGUGCUGCAGCAUAAAAUGGAUGAACUUAAAGAAGGCCUUCGACAAAGAGAUGAGCUUAUUGAGGAGAAUCAACGUAUGCAGCAGAAAGUAGACACCAUGACAAAAGAGGUGUUUGAGCUCCAGGAGACACUUCUUUGGAAAGAUAAAAGCAUUAGGGCACUAGAGAAGCAGAAGGAAUACAUUGCCUGCCUUAGGAAUGAGCGAGAUACGCUCAGAGAGGAGCUGGCUGACCUGAAGGAGUCGGUGAAGACAGGAGAGAAACAUGGCUUAGUUAUAAUCCCCGACGGCACUCCCAAUGGUGAUGUCAAUCAUGAACCAGUGGUUGGAGCCAUCACUGUGGUGUCUCAGGAAGCUGCUCAGGUCUUGGAGUCCGCAGGAGAGGGUCCUCUAGAUGUAAGGCUACGAAAACUUGCUGGAGAGAAGGAAGAGCUACUAUCACAGGUUAGAAAACUGAAGCUGCAAUUAGAGGAGGAGCGGCAGAAGUGCUCCAGGGGCGAUGGCACAGCGGCUGGUGACCUGGCCGGGCUGCAGAACGGCUCGGACUUGCAAUUCAUUGAAAUGCAGAGAGAUGCUAAUAGACAAAUUAGUGAAUACAAGUUUAAGCUUUCAAAAGCAGAACAGGAUAUAACCACCUUGGAGCAAAGUAUUAACCGGCUUGAGGGACAGGUGCUGAGAUAUAAGACUGCUGCUGAGAAUGCUGAGAAAGUGGAAGAUGAACUGAAAGCAGAAAAAAGGAAGCUACAACGAGAGUUACGAACAGCACUGGACAAGAUUGAGGAAGUGGAGAUGACCAACAGCCACCUGGCCAAGCGGCUGGAGAAGAUGAAGGCCAACAGGACAGCACUUCUGGCCCAGCAAUAGGGAGGCCACCACCUACCUGGGAGUUCUGGGCCCCACCCAGCGGGACUGACUUCUGCCCAUUGACAAACCCCUCUCAGUACUGUUUGAGUUUUGUCGUUAAUAUAGCCACCCUUGUAUUUUAUAAUUUAUGAGAGAAUGAAAUAGGUUUGAAUCUUCA